AUGCCCUUGGAAUAUAGCAAGAAGUUUACUAGUGUUCUGUACUGCCGUGGGGUCUUGUUCUUUUCCUAUGUUGAAGUAAAGGAUCAAGUCGCGGAACACAACAUUUUCGUGUACUAUAUUCACGCAGCAAGUUUUGACAGCUUUCCAUCACGGCCCGCCAUGACUAAUGAAAGCAGGUUGGCUUUUGGGUUUGGUUUCCAUCCCGGAACCAAUGACUACAAGGUGGUCAGAAUAGUCGAACAAAAUCAGCCUACGGGUUUGGAACAACAUAUUGAGGUGUUCACUCUAGGCAGACCCAUGUGGAUGAUCAACAGAAAGAACCCAUUUUUGCUUCGGAUGCAACCCUAUGCAGCUUCGUUUAAUGAAAGACUGCAUUGGUUAGGCCAAGACAAGAAAGAUGGUUCCACAAUUAUAGUUUCAUUCGAUUUGGAGUCCGAAAAUUUUCACCAUAUUCCAAUUCCAGAUAAUUGUAAAUCUAGACUGGAUGGGAAAGAUUGCCACGUUGUAGUGCUGGGAGGGUGUCUCUGUUUGGUUGAUUAUAAUGACAUAUGGUCAAUGAAGAUUUAUGGUAUAAAGGAGUCUUGGAUUAAAGAAUACACCGUGAUGCCUUUUGAACGUUUGAUAGGACCUAUUCGGCCUCUAUGUCUACUGCCAAAUCAUAACAUUUUGAUCGAGUUGCAAUAUCUCCCGCAGAGUUUGUAUGUUUAUAGUGUAGAUUCGAUGGAAAUCUACAAGGUAAGAAUUCAUGACCUCCCCCCUUGCCAUUCAUACCGAGUAGUUUCUGUUGUUGAUGAUACUCUUGACAGUAUAUCAAAUGGGUGCAAGCAGGAGAGCCCUGAUGCGUAG